AUGCCGCACACCAGCUCGCCUUUCCAGGUGCAUGCCAGGAUGGAGGAGGUACGUGCGGAUAGCAUUGGGCUGCACGCUGGCAGUGCAGGUGGCACAGGCCGAGCGUGCUCAGUGUGCACUGACAGGGCCGUGCAGGCUGCUCUGGGCUCUCACACUGCACCCCAGCUGCGCGCCCCCCUCCCCAUGUGCUCUGCCCCCCUACAUGCUCCGCAUGCCUCCCGAGCAGUCCCAGCCCCAACCCCUGCCUCCGAGCGUGAGCGCGGCUCUGGGCAGCAGCGCCGAGACGCAACAGGGGUAUGGGGACCUUGGCUGUUUCACUGUGAAGAAAGCACUCUGCCGCCGCCCCUUAGGAUUCUCAGCGCGGAUCCCGCCGGUCAGGUCUCUUCCUUGGAUCCCCUCCUGCCGUCCCGCAACUCCUCCUCAGCCCGAGACGCACGCACCCCACUCCCCACCCCGAAACUCCUCUUCCGACACUUCCUUCCGGGCCCGCGCAGCCCGCGAGCUCCGUAUCCGGAGAGGCGGCGCUCUGAGAUCCGGCGCGGCCACCCUGCCCCGAAGAGAAAGGCGGCCGCGGCCGGCUCACCACGCCCCGCGCCGCCCCGCGCCGCCCCGCCCCGGCUCCGACUCCCCGCGGUCCUCGGCCCGCGGCGCCGGCCAGCAGAGCGCGCGGAGGAGCACGCGGGCCGAUCGCGCGCGCGCAAGGCCGCUCUCGCGCCGCUGUCUCCGCUCCCGGCGCCCACGAGGCCGCGUUCCUGCCGCCGAACAAUGGGCCUCGGCGCGCGGCGCGUCCGGGCCGCGCUGCUCCUGGGGGCGCUGCAGGUGCUGGCGCUCGCGGGGGCCACCGAGACGCACGCUUCUCAAGAGCCUCCUGCGCCUCUGCACAACUCCAGUGGUAACCUAACAGAGACUGUGUCCUCCAACGGUACAAGCACAUCCAAUGUUAGCAACAGCACUGUGAAACCAUCAACAACUACGGUUUCCUUGGUCUCAAUCAACAUGACAAGUGUCACCAGGAAGUCCACAGCGACUUCUAAAAUGGCAACACCAGGAGUCUCAGCCAGUACAACUCCCGCCACCUCAAAGUCUACGCCCAAAGCCACAAGUAUUUCACAAAACGUAUCCCAGGUGUCAACUUCCGUGAUGACCACAACCCACACCAGUUUGCUGACUUCGCCAACAACAACUGUUCAUUCUAAAGAAAGCAGAGGAUCGAGAUUCGACACUGGCAGCUUUGUUGGUGGCAUUGUUUUGACACUGGGAAUUCUAUCUGUUCUGUAUAUUGGAUGCAAAAUGUAUUACUCAAGAAGAGGCAUUCGGUAUAGAACCAUUGAUGAACAUGAUGCCAUCAUUUAAGGAAGCCCAAGAACCAAGGAAAGAAGAUUGAUGCAGCUCUAUAAUUUUGGUUUAUUAGUUUAAAACAAAAUUCUUUUCUUAAAAUGGUAUAAAUGGGCCAGGUAUAUGAUGCAUGAUAUAUUACAUAAAAAUGUGAAGAUUCCUCAUCAUUACUAAAUGUAAAAAUGUCUUCAACAUUUAAAUGAAUAGUUGGCGCUUACAAAUAAUUUAUACAAUGAUUAUAUUCACAUUUAGCAAAUACAGUAAGAAGUCCUAUCUUAUGUUUUCUGUGGCAUUGGUCACAUAGGGCCAGUAAUUGAAACAUUGCUGAAGGGCAGGCAGGAUGCCAUCUCAAUUAAGGAGCUCAUUCUAGCACUCAGGAUUUAUUGUGUUUGUUGCUCAUACAAAGAACUUCAGUGCUUUUCGGAGCUGGAUCUAACCUAAUUACAAAUGCCACAAGUAAAAAUUACAAAAUAGAGUAAACGAAGUCUGAAGUAUAAUUUAAUAAAGCUUCAACAUUUUAUAUUUUAAUGUAUGGUAUUUGGUCUAGAAACAGAAUCUUCAAAAUAAAACCUCAAGCAAUACCUGUGCUUUGUCAUUUUUAGAGACCCAAUUGAGCAUUAGAACAUCUUGUAUUUUUAUUAAUAACUUCUUUUAAAGUUUCAGUGUUAGUUGAUAUAAUUUUGUUUCUUUAUAAUUUAGGUGGACUGCAAUGUUAAAAAUGUUUUAGGGGCUCAGAUGUAAGACUGGCAUUAUAGGAAAAACUAGACAUUAGGUUAUUUGCUACUGUGAGAAUAUCACUAGAAAUUGCGUUUAUUUCCUAUUCACGAUAAUUUUAUAUUUAAAGAAAGGUAGAGCUGCUUUCAGUAUCUAGAAAUUUUUAAUGGAAUAUAAAAACACCUAACUUUAAAAAGAGAUUUCCAAAACAAUAUUAGAAUUCUGUCUUGUCAGAAUUAUAGAUUUUGCUGUUUAUUAAACCAGGGAUUACGGGAGUCUCCCCCAAGCUGUUCUACCUGCAGGGUGAAAAUGCUGCAUUUCAUACACUGUCAACUUAAGAGAACUAGGGAAAUGACAUUUUUAUACUUUAGAUAAAUGUAUAUGAGUAAAUUCUUUAGCCAGGACAUUUCCUGCUUCCUUAUGUUGGGCAUCUAUCUUAUUCCAUUGCUAAAGGGGAGCUACUUCCAGAUGCACUAUGUUAAUGAAGAGAAGAAGCACAGUAUUAUACCAACACCAGUACUGGGGAGUAUAUUUUGGAGUGAUUUUAGUUUUACAGUUUAUAUUCUAGAACUUAAACUCAGGGUCAAGUUUUAACAAAAGAGGCUUUCAGUCAUUAAAUACCAAGAUAUUUCUAUCUUAUAGGGCCAAAGUAAAUUACACCAAUUUUCAUAAAUCUAAAAAUGACCUGAGGUCUCUUAUCGAACAUGUACUGGCCUGGGAUAUAUAGCUCAACAGCAUAAGCGCUUGCCUGGCAAAAUGCAAGGUAAUGAGUUUGAUCCCUGGUACCAAAAAAAAAAAACCAAAAAACAAAAACCAUGUACUGACACUUAAUAAGAAUAAAAUAUAACUGUGUGAUCAGCUUUUGGUUUGCAGAGAAUGCCAGAUAUCAAGUAUUUUGUUAUGAAAGGAUCAUUUCUAUUUGCUGUGCGUUAUGGACGACUGAUGUGAUAAGUAUAGAUGACAUCCUUGUCUAGAAUAUGAAUAUGAUCAAGUUUAUGUAGCAUAUGCAAUAUGGAGGAAAUUUCAUGAAGCAUAUGUGAUUAGCUUUGCUGGAGAAGAAAUGUGGGCUGAUGAGUAAGUUGUGUGCUAACUUGGCCUUAACUGGUUUUGUAACCACUGCUUUCAUUUCUUUGUGAAAUACAGUUAAAACAACUUUAUAGUGAUGAGGGCUUUUACCUUCUUUGUCUCUUGCAUUCUUGGUAUUUCAGUAUCAGCCUGAAGUUUUUCUUAGGUACUGCUUCUUUAGCACUUUGCAGUUAGAAAACCACUUUUAAAUUACUGUUAUUGCCUUCAAAGUUUCCUAUGGGGAAGGGGCUGGAAAUAAUAUAGUGUAUGUCUUUUCUCUGUAUGUAAGUAGUAUAAUUUGUUGUUUGCAAAUACUAGUACUUUGAAUACAGUUUUUUUUUUUAAUCUACAGAAAUGGUAAUGCAAAACUAUAUAUUACUUUGGAAGAUAUUUCCUGAGCAUAAUUUGUCUUAGUAUGCUUAUGUAAAAGCAAGUAACCAGUUUUGUGUUUCUUCAGAAAGUAUUUACUUGAAGAUAAAAAUCCAGAUGUAUGUCUAAAUAUCAUGCAGAAGCCAAUCUGAUUUUUAAACAUUCUUGGAUAAUCCGUAAAAGGAAUAAUCCAAAUAAAAACAAGUGAGAGUUGUAAUUACAGUGGUAAUUCCGUAUUUUCAGAAAAAAAGUUCCUCUUAUCUUUUGUUUUUCUAUUAUAAUAACCAGCUUUUGGUAUUUCAUUGUUACGGAGAUCUAUUUUUAAAAUAAAAUUUGUUCUUCGUUUAA